AUGAAUCCAGCAUUUGCCGCCGUGACAACGGGGCCCGAGAUGCCUCACCAGUCAUUGUCGUAUGAUGAUGGGAUGGCUUCGAGAUCAACGCAGAUCGCAACAACCCAGCAAACGAUGCUGAAUAUUCCGUAUUCGCAUUAUGCUAUCUUGUAUAUGGACGGCGACGGAAAGCUUGGUGUUGAGGUUUCCCCUUCGAUUGAGGGUUCAGAGAAGGCCAUUUUCACCCAGGACGUUAGAGGGCGGUUUUUGCGAUCCGUGACGGGAGGUCCGUAUGGCUUGCAGGGCUAUUCAAACCCGAUUAUGCAAACCCAGGACGGCAUUCUCCCAAGUUCAACUUCCCUCGCCUGGUAUCACCACUCUCGAACGAAACGGGAUGGUCUCAUUCCCUGUGAAUGGCAGUCGCAACGCAGCAAGCGCCAGAGACGCCGUGACUCCGAUUCCGCAUCAGCAUCUCCCUGUCCCACCAUCCGCCGCACCGCGCUGCGCGUGGGAGACCACGACCUCCUGCGACGGUACUACGAGAAGGCGUUCGAUAACUUCCAGCAGCUGAACUGCAGAAUGAUUGCGAAGGCGUGGAUCAAACUGGUUGAGCCGCGCAAGCAGGUCAACCACCCUUAUAAUGGACGGAAGAACGUUGGAGGAACAUCGCAGCGAGUUGACCCGGAGUUGACAAAGCCAAGGUGGUGGCCGACGGGAGUCACCCACAAGGAGCCUGAUCACCUGCCCAAGCCUGAACGUGUCCGUCUUCUAAUCCACAUUCUCUGUGAAUUGAGAGCUAGUCACGAUAUCACUGCAGAGAAACUCAAAGAGGCUGGCCAAGACGUGCGACGCCAAAUAUCGCCUGCUGAGCGCCUGGAAGUCCUGGAUGAGAUAUACUACAUUCGACAGAUGGAAGAGCACUACUUGGCUGGAGAUAUUGGAUCUGAUACAAUCCUCCACGUCUCCCACGUCCACCUCCCUGAAGCUAGCUUUGAAUUCGACCAACACGACUUCCAAUCCACAGACCACCACGACACACUCUCUUCGAUCCCGACCACCCUGCCAAAGGUCCCAGCCAUGCGCGGCACCUCGGACGAUGGCAGUCCAGAGUACUGCCUUCCUCUCACCCCCUCGUCAUCCUGCCCAUCUAACGGCCCCCGGAGUCCUGCGCAGACGCACCCAUCCUACUCACCCGAGAUGGUUUCUUCCAUGAUGUCCACUGGUGCUCACGCCAGUGCUGCGUACGUGACGUCCAAGGACGAGUCACAGCCGGGUUCGUGUAUGCCGGACUAUUUCAGCCAGCCGUUCCUUGUCCCGACAACAGCACCAUCGACACAGGCUGGGUACUGGGGACACCCAGCUCAAACGCACGCGCCUGUGUACCCAACUGGAUAUUAA